AUGGGAGGACGUUGGGCAAAUCAAAUCGAGUGGGACUGGCUGGUUGGCAUGACCCCCCGAUGGCUCGCGUGCACCAACGCAGAGGAGAGGAAGAACUUCAUUGCGGAAAUGACGACCGAGUUCAUGACCAGGUUCCCUAUCAAGAAGGGCUCCGACGCUGAUGUCCAGCUCUACGGCGAGGUAAGGGCUCUCGACAUUGCGAAUUACAAAAGGCGCAAGGAACUGGGCUACUGGUUCUACAACAACACCCGACCCUCGUCAGGGGGUGCGCGAGGUAUCCUCCAAAGCAAGAAGAAGAAGAAACGACACACUUGGCAGGCCUACUCUCACCUCUAUUGGGAUAAGGGUCUCGAGAAGAAAGUCAACGACAAAUGUAAGGAAGACUACGGCAAGGUGUUGGAGGACUUCCCACCCAGAGAGCGUCUCCCUAUUCGUCACAAGUUAGUCGAGCACUUUUUCAAAGAAGAGACAGAGGCCGUACGCGAGGAAGUUGAGGAGUGGCGGAACAGCGAGGUCAAGAUCAAGCGCCCGUUGACCAAUGACCUCUUGGUCCAGAACAUAGCCAAGGUCCCGAAAACCAUGAAGGUCUUCUCAGAGAUAAUCGAUGAGGAGACAGAUUGGGUCGGCACCAUGGUGAUGGGUGGGCCUCACCCAAUGUACGGAGGGGAGCCUGUGCACUAUAUCCGGGUUUGGGGAACCAACAAGGACGGAUUGAGCUUUGAGCAAUACCUGGGAGAGAGAGGAUAUAAGAGAUGGGCCAAGAAGGUCACGAAAUGGAUUGCGUCGUGUUAUGACUCUCAUGACCGAGAGAGGCGUAAGCUGGAUGGCAACCACCAGGCACUCCAGCCCGAGCAGUCAGACGACGAAACCUCCGACGACGACUCCAAUAGCGACAGCGACAACGACGAUGAGAUGGUCAUCGACGUUGACAACGACGUCGACAAGGAGAACGGCGGUGCACGAGCAACGAACAAAGAGAAGGGAAAGGGGAAGCAAACACGUACUAAGAAAUCGAAGUCGACCACAAUGCCGCUCCAAAGUGGCUCCAACGCCAACAAACCCGUAUCCGACUCCAACAAAUCUGCACCCAAGGAUUCCAACAACGCCAAAGCAGCAUUGAGCUCGAAGGCUGGUGCCACGGAAACGGGCAAGAGCACCUAUGAACUGGAUCGUGAUGCCAGGAUCGCGCAGAACAAGGUUAUCAUGGGCAUUGUGGACAAGUCGAUAGAAGAAGGGAGCAUUCGCGAGAAGCUCGUCGAGGAGUUGGCAGCUGUUGGCGUUGUUCUCACAGAGGAUGCGCUUGCAGAUAUGUUGAACAGCAUCGCAAAGAUUUUUGAUCAAGAUAAGUCCAAGGAGAACAAGGAGAAUAAGGCGGCGGAGGAGAAUGAGGAAAGCAGCCCCAACACCGACGACGCCCAGCCUCCCGCGACCAACACCAACAACGCCCAGCCUCCCGCGACCAACACCAACAACGCCCAGCCUCCCGCUACCAACACCGACGAUGCCCAGCCUCCCGCGACCAACACCAACAACGCCCAGCCUCCCGCGACCAACACCAACGAUGCGGAAAAGCCCAUGGACGUCGACGCCCAGCCUCCCGCGACCAGCACUGGCGACGCAGAAAAGGCCAUGGACGUCGACGGACCUCCUCCCCCUGAGGAACCCUUGUCUCUCAAGGGUGUCAGUGUUCCGGCUUACAUGAAGGCAACUUGGCCAUACUUGCUUGGGCUUUCGCUCAAGCGAGUUUGGCGAAGCCUUCUCCUCGCUUUUGCCUCAUUCGAGGCUCAGAAGCCCAAGACCGGGAAUCUGUCUACUGACCAUCGUCCGAAAGAGGUCCAAGCCUGGAUUCGAAGCCACAAGAAGGAUGUACCCCCCGACGUCAAGCUCGAAGUUUUCGUCGACCAGUUCCUCCGGUGGUAUCGAAGCCUUCAACCGGCUUGGCGCGUCGAUGGUUUUGAUGGUACCGACCCAUCAGCAUUUUCUCGAGAGGUCCCCAGCGAUCCAUCUUGGGGGUUGUAUCCGCCACGGAGGCAGCGCGGGGUUCUACACGAUCCUCAUGGCGCUUUCCUGGUGGAUCGUCAAGUCCCCCUUGAAAGUGAGCUGCCAGCUGCGCCCUCUGGGUCAGGGUCAUCCCGGGCCUCUACGAAGAGAGGCAACGACGGAGGCGGACGUACGAGAGCUGCCAAGAAACGCCGUUGUUGA